AUGAGAUAAAAUAGUGAGUCAUAGAAUAGAAAAGGAAUAAAUAGAAGAGGAAGGGAUUUUCGUGGCAAAAAUAAAAAUUUCAGAAAUUCUAGUGGAAAUGAUUAGCGAGACAAUAAUUAAUAAAGAAAUUUCUAAAAUAAUAAAUUUAGAAUAUAAUCAAAUUCAAAUCAAAACUAAAGUUCUGAUAGAUAAAGAGGCUAAAAUAAAAAUAGUAAAAAUUAAACUUAAAGAGGAAGAGGAAACUAAUAAGAAUUCAAAUAAACAGUUACUUAGCGAAGAAGAAGACUGGGUUUUAAAUAAAAAAAUUAAAAUAUAAUUAAGUAAAUUUUUACAAAGGGUGAAAAAAGGAUAGUUAAAGAUUAAUUAAGAUAGGUAGAAGAAAGAAUUAAGUAAAUUUUAAGAUUGCAAAAGAGAUCUAAAGUAUUCAUUUGAACAUAAUUAGGAAAAAAUAAAAUGGAAUAAGACUUAGUUAAAUAUUGGAAGUAAGGAUACUAAAAUUCUUAAUCUUUUUUCAUAAUUUGCUUCUUAAAGUAAUUUAAAAUUGAAAAAGUUUUAAAUUAAUUUUGUUCAAAGUUUCUUACUUCUUUUAUAAACUUCAUCAAGCUUAGCAAUCAUAAAUAAAUAGAUUUAAAAAAAUAAAAUUGAAUAAAAAAAUUAAAAUAAUUAAUUAUUAAAUUCCGUUUUACAUUUCUCUUGA